AUGGGUAAGUGAGGGCUAAUUGAGUGAUGAUCGAGAGAAGAAUUGGUGAGAGGCACCGUUCGAUUAAUUGGUGCUGCUCCUCGAUCGGACGCAGGAAGAACGCUGCCAACGCCGGUUGCUUGCAGAGUCUGCGGCGACCGAUCUUACGGGAAGCAUUACGGAGUUUACUGCUGCGACGGUUGUUCCUGCUUCUUCAAGCGGUCGGUGCGUCGCGGCGUCCUUUUCACCUGUAUAGACUUUGGAUGGCAAACGAUCAACGAGUUGACACGAAAUGAGAUGCAAACAACGAGAAGCAGCGUGUGUCGUCGGCUCCUCUUUGCCUGCCCGUCGUUGCUCAUCGUUGCUCCGAUAACGAUCCGUCGACGAGAGAACGUCGUCAGAACAGACGACUCGGCUCUCGGUUUUUCCUCUUUUUCUUUCUUUUUUUGCCCAGCUGUUCAGCAGGAGAGAGGGCCGCGCGCUCGAAACAACGUCGCAUCCGUCGCUCGCCGUUCUUCCUCUUCCUCUUCUUCUUCUUCUUCUUCUUCUUCUUCUUCUUCUUCUUCUUCUUCCUCCUCAUCCUCCUCUCUGCAAGCAGAGAUCGCAACACUGAAAGAAACAACGAUCGCAACUAGGAGCAACGUUGGCGUCGACGUCGGAUCCUUGCCGAGGAUGCUGGUCGCAGCAGGUGGAGAGGAGACGAUGCGAUACGAGAUCGCGGCUCGAAUAUUCUUCGCGGCGGUGCGAGCCGCUCGCCACCACCGGGAAUUUUCCACGCUCGAUCAUCGCCAGCAGAACGAGAUCCUCCGAAGGGGAUGGGCCGCCGCCUUUGUUCUGCGAGCUGCCAUCUGGCCGGUCGAUCUGACCGAUUUUCGCAAACCGGCGGCGAUCGUCGACGACGACCGCGCCGACGAGAGCCAACGUCGGGCUCUGGCCGCUGCCAGGGCCGCCAUCUCCAGCUUGCGUCCCGAUCCAGUCGAGUUCUCGGUUCUGGAAACCUUGGUCCUCUGCCGACCCGAGAUCGCCGAGACGAGCAGCGCCGUUCGUUUGACGUCGCGAGCUGCGGACACCGCGGUGGAGACUCUGGCUCGGCACCUCCUUGCCACCGCCGACACCACCGGCUCGUCCUCCAUCAGGAUGGCCAAACUCAUGCUCGUUCUUCCCAUGCUGACGGCCUCCUGCCCCCGGCAACUGGCCAACCAUCUUUUCGCCCCCGUCAUCCGCGACGUCGACCUCGAGAGAGUGAUCGCGUCUGUACGCUGA